CUGUGGCUGACUGUAGCAGGAAUAUUGUCAUUCACCAAUCAUCGCCGCUGCUAUGGGGGUGUGUUGAGAUUAAAAAGGACUGACAUCCAUAGAAGAAAGACACAUUAUCAGGCUCAACUAACGGUUUAUGGAUUUCAUGAUGAUGAAGAAAAAGAAAUUCAAGUUUAAAGUGGAUUUCGAGCUGGAUGAGCUCUCUUCUGUCCCCUUUGUCAACGGUGUCCUGUUUUGUAAAGUCCGACUCCUUGACGGCGGUUUCUCCGAGGAGUCGUCUCGGGAGCCGGUCCAUGCUAACUGUGUACGCUGGAAGAAGAGGUUCUCCUUCCCCUGUAAGAUGAGUGCCACCGCCGGGACGGGCGUGCUCGACCCCUGUGUGUGCCGCGUGUCUGUCAGGAAGGAGCUAAAGGGUGGGAAGACGUACGCAAAGCUUGGCUUUGCAGACCUAAACCUGGCUGAGUUUGCUGGUUCUGGGAACACGACACGUAGAUGUCUACUGGAAGGUUACGACACCAAGAACACCCGGCAGGACAACUCCAUACUCAAGGUUGUCAUCAGCACACAACUGAUGUCCGGGGACCCCUGUUUUAAAACGCCUCCUUCCACAGGCACAUUCAUCGGCGUCCAGGGAGAUGCAGAGAGCCUCCUGGAAGAGAGGAAGGGAGGGGACAACCAGAAGGCCUUCAUGGAGAGCCGGGAAGGAAAGUGUCCCUCUGUUUCCGAUGAACUUGGGGGCUCCUGCCAUUCCCGAACAUCCAGCUACGCUAGUCAGCAGUCUAAAGUCUCAGGCUACAGCACAGGUCACUCCCGCUCCUCCAGCCUGUCAGAGUGUACCCACCGCAGGAACACUUCUGUGGGCAGCGCUUCCACCGGCAUCGCCAGCAUCCUGGAGCCCUCUGACGACACUAGGGACAUCAGGGACCAGAGGGAGAGCAGGGACCGGGAGAGGGGAGACAGGGAAGCCAGGAUGGGGAUGAUGCCCCCUACUGCUGGGGCGUCAGCCUGCACAGCCCUGCCUGAACACCCCACCCCCACCAGUACCAUUGGUUCCUGUACAGGCACUCCGGUGAAGAGCGCCUCGUCCUGCGAACGCCUCAACAGACACCUGGUGAAGCAAGGGUCCAUGGAGGGUCAGAUGAUGAGGGUGGAGGCAUCGAGGGUGGAUGCUGAUGACGUGGUGGAGAAGAUCCUUCAGAGUCAAGACUUCACCCCCAGCCUGCUGGACUCCAGCCAUGAAGAGGAAGGCCUGCGGUUGUUUGUCGGUCCCGGAGGAAGCACUGCCCUUGGAAGCCAUCACCUGCCUACCAGGGUUGGCGCUGGUGCAUAUGAACAGGUGGUGAUUAAACGUUAGGCCUAAACCCCACCAGGAGGAUGAGUGGCACAGCUGACAUCCAAAAGAACCAUCAGUGGUUUUUAUCUUUCUUUAAUUCCAGCAAGCACAUUUUAUCCAACUGAACUGGCCUGUCAGAAAUGGACUGCAACAGCGCCCUCUGGUGUGCUUACAGACUGUGUGCACUGUCUGUAGUCCCCUGUUAGAUUAGCUCAGUGAAGUCAAGAAGAACAUCACCACGCCUCGAUCUGGGAAAGGAGUCAGACUAUUAAAAACUGCAGUUUGAGGUCACAGGAAAACCUGACCUUUUCAGCUGAAGAUCAAAGUGAUUUGGUUCUGUGUUUGUCACCAGAAUGAAUGAAGCCUUUGCUGAAGAGGAUGAUGCCAUUCUUUUUCAAUACAUUCCCUAGUUAACGCUAGUCCCCUAGUUUUCAGUCCUUUAGUUUUUCAACAAUGUUUUUUAUUUGUAACAGCCUUUUAAUGUAGGAUUUUAACUUUUGUUCACGAAUAAGCUGCUAAAAGGUUGUGUGUGUGUGCGUCAGUGGAGGCUGGUGGGAGGAGCUAUAGGAGGAUGGGCUCAUUGUAAUGAUUGGAAUGGAAUCAAACAUGGUUUCCAUGUUUGAUACCGUUCAAUUUAUUCCAUUCCAGUCAUUACAAUGAGCCUGUCCUAUAUCUCCUCCCACCAGCCUCCAAUGGUGUGCAUGUGUGUGGUUGCUACGUGUUUGUGUGUAUGCAUGACUGUGUGCGUGCCUAUAUGUCUCUGGUAAAGUGUUAAAGCCACUAGUCUGUUGUAAUAAUAGUAAGCCUACAAUAAUCCUGCAGUAUACAGAGCCAGGGCUGAGGGCUGGGAGUGAGACUGCAGGUUAUGUACUCGGUACUGAAGGUGACCCUGCUCCUCUCCUCUGCUGAUCUCAUUAUUGGCAGAAAUAGAAACCGCCUUACAAUCUAACCGCUCUGCUCUUUUUAUAUGCUUGUUGGGAGGGAAAUAGAUGGUGAAGAGAGAAGCUCUGUUUGAGUGAGGUCAAGCUUGUGUUUGCUUCUUCUGAAAGAAUCAGACUCUCAGGUUAAGAUAUCAGGGUUCCAAUCUGGAUGGCUCUUUUUUUACAACGACCGAUGACAGUGCGAUUUAGAAACUGAUGCAAGUCAACAGUUGAUUCUUGCCAAGCUGACGUAGGUACAGAACAUUGUUCUGUAGGUAAAGAUGAAGGCUACAGGACAAAUUGUCAACAAUUGAACUGCCAUUGUACACACUUAUUGGUCACCUUCUGUAGUACAACUCCAAAGAAAGAGACGGUGUUGUCCAUGAAGAAUGAGGCGGUGUGGUCCAUGAAGAAUGAGGCGGUGUGGUCCAUGAAGAAUGAGGCGGUGUGGUCCAUGAAGAAAGGGACGGUGUGGUCCAUGAAGAAUGAGACGAUGUGGUCCAUGAAGAAAGAGACGGUGUGGUCCAUGAAGAAAGGGACGGUGUGGUCCAUGAAGAAUGAGACGGUGUGGUCCAUGAAGAAAGAGACGGUGUGGUCCAUGAAGAAAGAGACGGUGUGGUCCAUGAAGAAAGAGACGGUGUGGUCCAUGAAGAAAGAGACGGUGUGGUCCAUGAAGAAUGAGGCGGUGGUCCAUGAAGAAAGAGACGAUGUGGUCCAUGAAGAAAGAGACGGUGUUGUCCAUGAAGAAUGAGACGGUGGUCCAUAAAGAAAGAGACGAUGUGGUCCAUGAAGAAAGAGGCGGUGUUGUCCAUGAAGAGUGAGACGGUGUGGUCCAUAAAGAAAGAGACGAUGUGGUCCAUGAAGAAAGAGACGGUGUGGUCCAUGAAGAAAGAGGCGGUGUUGUCCAUG